AUGCCAGGCACUGCACGCCGCGCCUUCACCAAACCCGCAUUCGCGCCGAAGCCGAUCAUCGACAUCAAGCACAUCCGUCAAGCCCCUGGCCUGUACGAGCAGAACUGCAUAGACCGCAACUAUGCUGCACACAGCAAGAACUCUUGGCGCAUCAUUGAGCUCCACGAGCAAUGGCUGGCCCUCCAGCAGAGCGCUCGCGACCUCCGGUCACGGAACAAGCAGCUGCGCGACCAGAUAGCGAAGGGUGGGGCAGAGAGGGAGAAGGCACUUGGUGAGGCAAAAGCCAUGAAGGCAGAGCUUAGUCAGAUUGAGGCAAAGGAAACACAACUGCAGGAUGAGAUCGAAGGGCUGGCACAGGAUCUGCCAAACCUUAGCAGUACGCACACACCUGUUGGCAACAAUGCUGCGUUGAUCGACUACAUUGGCGAACACCCCGAGCCCGACCCGUCGAAACCGACACGCAUGUGGAAGUCUCACGUAGACAUUGGCCAGCAGUUGGGGAUUCUGGACUUUGCAGGUGCAUCGCAAACAUCAGGCUGGGGGUGGUACUUUCUCGUCGGCGACGGGGCCAUGCUAGAGCAAGCCCUCGUACAGUAUGCCCUGAGCGUGGCCAGGAGCAAAGGCUGGAAGGUAGUGGCGCCGCCGUCACUGGUCUAUACGCACAUCGCCUCCGCAUGCGGCUUCCAGCCACGAGAUCAGAACGGCGAGCAGCAAGUCUAUGCCAUUGAGCAGUCAGAGAAAGACAGGGCUAAGCCACAACUCGCUCUAGCUGGAACUGCAGAGAUCCCACUAGCUGGUAUGAAAGCCAAUACCGUCUUGAACGAGUCUGAACUUCCUCUCAAGACAGUCGGUGUGAGCAGAUGCUACAGAGCCGAAGCUGGUGCUCGAGGAGCGGAUACAAAGGGCUUGUACCGCGUACACGAGUUCACCAAAGUCGAGAUGUUUGCUUGGACGGCACCAGACCAGGCCGGAGAUGAUCACUUCACUGCAACGGAUGCCUCGAGUUCAGAGACGGUCUUCGAGGAGAUGCUGGGCAUGCAGCACGAGAUUCUUAGUGCGCUCGGUCUUCACUGCCGCAUCCUGGAGAUGCCCACGACCGACCUCGGUGCGAGUGCGAUCAGGAAACGCGAUAUCGAGGCAUUCUUCCCGUCUCGACGGUCGAUCGACGACGGCUGGGGUGAAGUGACGUCGACAUCGAUGUGCACAGACUACCAGAGUCGACGACUGCACACUCGCCUGCGCACUGCAAACGCCAACAAGCUGGAAUUCCCUUUCACACUGAACGGCACGGCGCUCGCAGUGCCGCGGGUGCUGGCAGCCAUCUUGGAAAAUCAUUGGAACGAAGAGAGCGCAACUAUCAAGAUACCGCCGGUCUUGCAGCCGUUCAUGGGAGGGCAGACUACGAUCGCAAAACAAGUGUAG